UCUCUGCACUCACAGCUCUUUCAGUGCAAUUUCAGAGAUCAUCCAGUGCUGAGGAACCAGACGGACGCUCCGAGCUGUUGGAGGUUCGCUGCUGAGGAAAAUCACGCUGCAGUUAUGACUGAUUCAGUCUUAUUGAAGUGGAGAACGCAGAACCCUUUCUGCUCAGGGGUCACAUCGACUCACAGGCUGAAGCGAGCCGUCUUCCACAGACAAACCCUGACCCCCUCUUUCUAUUGCCUCAGUGUUUGCCAGGGUUCAUUAUGAGUAGGGAGAGUGAGGCGCGGUCUCCACUAGAUGACUCAGAAGUGGAGGUCUUCAGGGAGGAGCUGGACGAGGAUGACGAUCCAAAAGUGUGUCAGGUGUGUGGAGACAAAGCUACGGGAUACCACUUUAAUGCCAUGACCUGCGAGGGCUGCAAAGGCUUCUUCAGGCGAGCCAUGAAGGGUCCGGCCAAAUUCCGUUGUCCGUUCCAGAGCAACUGUGUCAUCACCAAGAGCAACCGGCGCCAAUGCCAGUUCUGCCGGCUACAGAAGUGUCUCUCCAUCGGCAUGCUCAAGGAAUUGAUCAUGUCAGACGAGGCUGUGGAGAAGCGGAGAAUGCUGAUCCGGAGAAAGAGGAUGGCAGAGGAGCCCCCUGUGCUGUCGGAGCAGCAAGAAGCUGUAAUUCAGGAGCUGCUAGAAGCGCACAGAAAGACUUUCGACUUGACCUUCUCCAACUUCGACCAAUUCCGGCCCAUAGACCGGAAUCAGGACCCAAUAACCGAAUACAUGCAGGAGUGCACCGACUCCCAGUCUGUGAGAGCAGAGAGUUCCAGAGAACCAGUGGUGAACCUUCUUCCUCACGGCUCCUGUUCCUCGAGUGUCUGCCAUGUAGAGGACUCGGAGAACGGUGACAAGAGAAGAAAAACCGUGUUCACCACUCUGCCUCACUUGACCGACCUGAGCACCUACAUGAUACAGAACGUCAUCAACUACGCUAAGGUGCUCAGACCUUUCAGGGCUCUGACUAUAGACGAUCAGAUAUCGCUGCUGAAGGGAGCCACGUUUGAGAUUGUACAGAUGCUCUUCAACAUGACGUUCAACGAGAACACAGGGAUAUGGGAGUGUGGCUCGCUGCGGUACUGCAUGGAUGAUGCCAAGCGUGCAGGUUUUCAGCACCACCUGCUGGACCCUCUGAUGAAGUUUCAUUUCACACUACGCAAACUACACUUAGAUGAGACGGAGUACGUGCUAAUGCAGGCGAUCUCACUCUUCUCACCAGACCGGCCAGGUGUCACUCAGAACAGUGUCAUUGAUAAGUACCAAGAGAUGUUGUCCCUUGUACUGAAGACCUAUAUUGAGACCAAGAGAAGUGGCCCUGAGAAAUACUUGCUGUUCCCCAAGAUCAUAGCGUGCCUGACCGAAAUGAGGACUAUGAAUGAGGAACACACCAAACAACUCCUGCAGAUUCAGGACAUCCAGCCGGAAGUAUCUCCACUCAUGCUGGAGAUAGUGAGCAAAAACAGCUAACUCCGCCUCUGCCCUUCACUCUCCAGCUGCCUCACUGUGGAUCAGACUUCAACAACCUGCAGCAGCAGCAUCAGCCAGAGCUGCAGCUGAGUGUCACAUGUUCAGAUAACUCCUUAUUAAUGGAGAUCCUUUCAUUCUUAAGGCGUUUUCAUACCUAGUUUGUUUGGAGGAGUUUCAGAUCCAGAGUUUGAUUAGAUCCUACUGUUUGAUUGGUUUGGGCCAGUCAUGCUCAAACGUGGACCAAAACAACUGGGCUGAGACCCUACUGAGAUGGUCUUGGUCUGGUUUUAUACAAACCCCAGAGCGGUUUCUGAGGUGUAAACACAAUCUGACUGAUCAAAAUUGGGUAAAAUGUGCAUGUGUUAGGAGGACUCAGUCAUUAUUACCUUUAACAAACCCUCGUUAACAAUUUCCCUUUGAGAGAAUCCCCCCUGAGGGUCAGUGGAGCAAUGGACAGCUGUUAAUAAGCUAAGGAGUCAUCAUAAAAUACAUAAUGCUUAUUUCAUAUACAUUGAGAACCUCUGUGUCUGUUUGGGCUAUACAUUCUGACCAGUUGUGAUAUCUCAGUAUCCGUAAGCAUUCAUGAAUAGAUUUCCUAUCAGCUGGAACAAAAAAGAAAAAUAGAUUUCAGCUGAAAUGAAAUGUAGAGCUGUGCCUUACCAUUUUUGGUGACACCACAAGUGAACAAGUAUGUGUUAAAAGCACCAAUGAAACAAGGCCAUGGAAAUUAUACAAAGCUAUUGUUUACGGUUAAAGAGGCUACUUAUUAAAAUCAUAGGAAUACAGGAGUAAAAGGCUUUUGGUCAUCUAGGCUGUUGUAGAUGCUCCAUUUUCGAUUUUCCAGGGGAAAAAUUGUAACUGCCCUCCAAAAUUUCCACAAGGUGUAAAAUAAUACAGCAUAGUUCACUUAAAAUUCUGCCAGAUCAGCGCAACUGACCCAGUAGAGAUUUGUUAGGCAAACAGAUUAUAGGUCUGAAAACGCCUUUUGUUUCAUAGCUAGAGGGCAGAACUGGACAUAGUCAGGCCUUUUUCACUUCUAUGCAUUUACGAGGUGAAAUUUCAGUAUUGGCAGUGUGCUGCCAUCUAGUGUUCUGGAGCAGUACCACUGAACUCCUUACAUUACAGAAUUACAGAUAUACAUGCUGUUUGCUUUAUGUUCA